AGGCUGCUCUCGUGCGCAGAAGCAACGAUUUGUAAACGGAAGUACUUUUGUUCUGAUAUUUGUUUUUCUUUCCAGUAAAAAUAACGAAUGGUGGACACUAGCACAUAAUGGUCGACGGAAGUUUGUCAGAAAUAAAAGCCACUGCAUCCCUCAUACAUUCCCUCUUUACUUGCGCUACAGGCAGCCAGAAAUAUGCAUCCUCUUCCGGGACACUGAUGUAACAACACCCUACAAGCGUUAAAGUACAAUGACUGUAGAGUAGCGCGCCUGUGCGGUAGAUAAAUAACCUUGAUGUCAUGAUAAAACCACUUGUAUUGUUAUUCACGAGCUCAGUAUUGCCUCUCUCAAAGGGAGCUUAACAACUGACUAAGUAGUCCCAGUUCCAUACCAAACGGUUGUGAAAAAAAUAAGGAAAUUGCCUCUUAUAAGUAUCUUAUUUCAUAAGAAUGAUAAUAACUGAGACAUGGAUGGGAAUCUUCACGAUUCUUCUCUCCUUUUCUAUGGCCACAACAUUUCCAGUGAAUGAAGAAUUUGGAAGCUUCGCCGCCAUAUUAUUAAACGAAACACAAGAAAAUGAAUAUCUGGAAGAUCAAACUAACUUGACCACUAAUUUGAAUUCCAUACUAAAUGACAUUUUAAUUUCUUUAUGGAAUAUUGCCAAGGACUCGUGCGAGAAAAGUAAGGACACAUCAGGAUGCUGCCGUUUACCUGAAGAUACGGACACCGAUAAAGAAGCCAAACUUCGCCAAAGUGUGGCACAGUGGAAUGAAGCGCUGACUUCCUUAAAAGCAGAAGGUUUGACUUAUCUGUGGAAUGAUAAGAUCAAAUGGCUAUUCGAUAGUGCAGUACCUGGGAGGAGCAACAGUCCCCUCUCAGAUAUGACUAAAAGAACAUAUUCUACGUGGAAAGAAAUGGCAUGGAGUCUAGAUGAGCGCCUGAAGGUUUCCAACUGGAAUGAGACUAUGAUGGCCCACAGAAAAGGUUUUAUAUCUGAUUGUUUACCGAAAACCGUAGAUCAGAUCGUUGAGGUUCCACGGGAAGAACAGGAUAUUGUGACUGUACAUCUAAGGCAGGGCGUUAUCUUCAGCAGAAGGGAAGCUAUAGGCCAAGAUAGGUUCUUCUAUAGUUUUAAGGGGAUACCCUACGCAGAACCUCCCACAGGACUCCUCAGACUCAGGGAUCCAGUGCCAGCAUUUCCAUGGAAAGGCGUAAGAAAUGGCAGCAUUGAGGCACCACUGUGUCCUCAACAGGAGUUCUAUAUAACAAUAGGAAAUGAGGACUGUCUUUACCUCAAUGUUUACACCCCAAGACCAUACAGGUCAGACCUUCCCGUAAUGGUGUGGAUUCACGGAGGGCAUUUUAUUCUUGGAGGCGCAACCGAAUUUCAUCCUCUGCCAUUACUUACGAGAGACAUCGUCUUGGUGGUCGUGCAGUAUCGCCUUGGAACUUUAGGGUUCCUGUCAACGGAAGAUGACGUACUGCCAGGAAACCUAGGCCUAAAAGACCAGUCACUGGCUCUACGAUGGGUGCAGCAAAACAUCCACGACCUCGGUGGCGACCCAGAAAAGGUCACCGUAUUUGGGGAAGGCUCCGGGGCUUCCUCGGUUCAUUUUCACAUUCUCUCACCGCGAUCUGAAGGUCUGUUCCAGAGAAUGAUCCUGCAGUCUGGAAACGCACUGAACCAGUGGGCGUUGAGGACUGACCACAAGAAAGUCGCUAUGGCGAUUGGUAGCAAAUACAACUGCACGGAAAAUGAAUCCUUCGACUCUAGCGUCCUCCUGAAGUGUCUGCAGGAUCUCCCAUUGAACGACCUCGUUGAGGCGCCUUCUUUGUUCACUAUGAUUGUGUCCCUUCCGUUAGUAAUGACGCCCCGGGUGGAUGGAGAUUUCUUGCCAGCUCACCCGGCCUCCCUCCUGAAGGAAGGAAAGUACCACCCUGUCGAUAUUGUCUCUGGGGUCAACAUGCACGAAGGAGCCACCAUUGCUUUGCCAUUUGCGCUAAAUCCUUGGCUGUCUCAAGAUCUGGUCGACAACUUCGAGAUAGCAGCUCCUACCAUGAUGGCUGUCGACAAGGAGUCGUCUCCAGUGCAUCUGGCCAGGAAAAUCUUUCACCAUUAUCUGGGAAAUCAGUCCAUUUCGUGGGAUGUAGUCAAUGAAACGGUCCAGAUGAUAAGUGACCUUGCUUUUAAGUGGUCUCAUGCUGAAGUAACCCAACUGCAUGCCAAUCAAAAUCUUCAAGGAACAAAAGUAUUCGCAUACGAGUUGCAGUACAGAGGUCAACACAGUUUUACUGACCUUUGUGGCCCAGAGGCAGGAGACCAAUGGAUAACUAAUGCAGACGACCUCCCUUACUUAUUCAAUUAUACAGUGAUUAAUCUUCAACACCCUGAGGACUUAGCAGUUCGCGAGUUGAUGGUAGACCUGUGGACUAACUUCGCUCUGCACGGGGACCCAACACCAGACGAUACUCUGGGGACCAAAUGGCUGCCUGUCUCUAAUAAUACUACCUGCCUUCAGUUCUUGGCUAUAAACUCAUCCCUUCUAAUGCAAAAUUACGAUUGCAUCGAGAGUCUGGACUUUUGGCGCAGUCUGCCCACAGAGACGAACAAGGUUUUGUUCCCAGAACGAAUUUCCAAAAAUGAAAUACCAUAGAGGGUAAAUAUAUACCUGGAGUUGCGAUCUCUGUACCAGUACUAUGUAGUUUGGUGGUCUUCCACCAGGGCGGCGCUGCAAAGCCUUGCGGCCAUUUUUGAAAGUCACUUAACCCACAAAUUGAAAAAGGGAUUAGUGUGAAUUUGAAUUUUUUUUAUUGUUAAUGUUUAAUGAGUACGUGUAUAGCAAAUUUUUAGGGUUUAGUGAAUGUUUAUGAGUAAGUGUAUAGUGACUGCAUAGUUUAGGGUUUAAUGAAUGUUUAGUAUGUAAGUAUUCACUGAAUGUUUAAUGCGUGUUAGUGUUAGUGAAUGUUAGUGUUUAGCGAAUGAUUAGUGCGUGAGCAUUCAGUGAACGUUUAGUGAGUGUUCAGUGAAUGUUUGGCGAGUGUUUAGGGUUAGUGAAUGAAUGCUAAUGUUUAGCAAAUGUUUAGUCUGUCAGUAUUCAGUGAAUGUUUAGUGAGUGUUUAGGUUUAGUUAAUGUUUGUGUGUAGAGAGUGUAAAGUAAAUGUCUUGUGAAUGUUAGUGUUUGGUGAGGGUUUAGUGUGUAUAAGUGUUUAUUGAAUGUUAGUGUUUAGUGAAUCUUUCCUGUUGAUUGAGUGUUUAAUGAAUGAUGAACGGAUGGUCAUUCAGUGUUUAGUGUUUUAUGAGUGUUUAGGGGUUUAAUGAACACUUAGGGUUUAGUGAGUAGUUAGCGUGUAGUGAGUGCUUAGUGAGUGUUCAGCAUAUAGUGAGUACUUAGUGAAUAUUUAGUGUAAAGUGAGUUCUUAGGGAAUGCUUAGUGUUAUCAUUGUUUAGGAUUAAGUGAGUGUUUACUGAGUGUUUGAGGUAUAGUGAGUAUUAGUGAAUUUAGCGUUUUACAAGUAUUUAGUGAGCAUUUAGUGUAUAGUGACUGCCUAGUGAGAGUUGGGUAUUCAGUGAGUAUUUAGUCUUAUGGAGAGUGAGUGUAUAUUAAGUAUGUGUGUUUAGUGAGUGUGAGUGUUUAGUGAGUGUACAUUAGCCUACUGUUUAGUUAGUGCUUAUUGAGUGUAUGCAAAGAAAGUCCUGUACUUUACAAGAACCAUUUAUGCUUGACACCACUUAGAUCCAAGAGCAGAUGCUUAGGCCUUGGCCACAAUGGUUGGAGUGCUUGGGCCAACCUGCUUUUGUUAGGUAAUUUUUUCGCUGUGAAAUUGGGUCCAGUUAUAUAAUAAUAAUAAUAAUAAUAAUAAUAAUAAUAAUAAUAAUAAUAAUAAUAAUAAUAAUAAUAAUUGUAAGAUAUUAAUAAUAGGAAAAAAGAGAAAAAUAAUAAUAGUAGCAAAGAUAAUAAUAAUAGUAAUAAAGCACAGUACUAUGAGCUGGACCGAAACCUUUCAAUAUGGCCGCCCGAAGUCACACUCUUAGCAAGAGAUCUCCACUCCAGAUUGACACUGUGAGAUACUGAAGAACAGCAACGACUGAACAAAGAUUUUAAGCGAUGCAUAAAAUAUUCUAAGAAUACAGCAGUCCUGUACAACAUCCACUUCAUAAUAAACGCACAAAAUUGGGAACAAAACAAGCGACAGUUAUUGGCUAACUUACCGCACAUCCUAGACGCGUCCAACUCACUGUCUGUCACUGACAAGAACCAGGCUAAUUUUAAUGCUACAAGAAAAAGUAACCGGAUGGAGGAGUUGUCAAAAGGUUUCUGUCAACGGUUUGUUCUGAUAACUAUAUUAAUUUUCAUUACUCGGAUUGUAAUUUCCUUUGACAAUAAAGAAUAGUUCUAGUGCGUUGAUGAUUCAGAACUGGAAUGUUAUGGUAAGUAAGUCUCGCCAAGAUAUAGUCUCAAAAUUAAAGUAAAAGGACAAUGAAUGUAAAUUAGUGAUUUGUUUUUAACUGACACAAUCUUGUUUAUACAUAAAUGAUUAAGGCUCGGGAAUCCAUUUUCUUUACUUUUAACCUGUGAAUGGCCAUAAAAAAGAAAUUUCAUGAAGUUUGGGUUGAAAUAAUUCUCAUAUUUUGUAAAAAUUAUACACUAGUAUAUGCUCCUGAGACUCU